AUGGAGGCCUUUAGUAAUAUGGGAAACCACUUGGUGUCCAACUCCGCAGCCGCCAUAAACGCCAGCGACGACAUCUCAACGGUUGACCCAGACGAAAGUGUCCUCAGCCUUGCCAAGGGCCCCCGAAGACGACAACACGACGACGACGAAUCCGAAAGUGUCGAGGAAGACGACUUGGAAAGCCUGGCAAGUGCAGCGGUGGACGGCAAGAAGCAAGCCACCAAGGCCGAGGAGGAGAAAGAAUUACCACCACAUGCGUGCGCGUACUGCGGCAUCCAUAACCCCAGCAGCGUCGUCAGAUGCCUCACUUGCAGCAAGUGGUUCUGCAGCGCUCGCGGAAACACUUCGUCCUCGCACAUCGUGAACCACUUGGUCCGAGCACGCCACAAAGAGGUCCAGCUUCACCCGAGUAGUUCUCUGGGCGAUACUGUCUUGGAGUGCUACAACUGCGGAACCAAGAAUGUGUUUCUGUUGGGCUUCAUUCCGGCAAAAUCAGAUACCGUGGUCGUUCUACUAUGUCGACAACCGUGCGCCGCCAUGCCUUCAUCCAAGGAUAUGAAUUGGGAUACUUCCAGGUGGCAACCGCUGAUCGAAGACCGAUCAUUCUUGUCGUGGCUCGUUGCGCAACCCACUGACCAGGAACAACUCCGUGCCCGGCACUUGAGCCCUCAGAUGAUUGCGAAGCUAGAGGAACUGUGGAAGGAAAACUCCGCCGCCACCAUCACGGAUCUUGAGAAGGCAUCGAAUAUCGACGACGAACCCGCACCAGUUCUGCUCCGAUACGAUGACGCAUACCAGUACCAGAACGUUUUUGGGCCUCUUGUCAAGAUCGAAGCCGACUAUGAUCGUAAACUGAAAGAAAGCCAAUCGCAAGACAAUUUGAUCGUGCGCUGGGACCUGGGUCUCAACAACAAGCAUUUGGCUAGUUUUAUUCUUCCCAAGCUCGAACUCGGUGAUGUCAAACUGGCCGUUGGUGACGAGAUGCGCCUAAAGUAUACUGGCGAUUUGCGUCCUGCGUGGGAGGGGGUUGGCUACGUCUACAAGAUUCCGAAUAAUCAGUCUGACGAAGUCACCCUUGAACUACGAGCCAAAGGAGACCAUAAAUCAGUGCCGACCGAGUGUACCCACAACUUCACAGCCGACUACGUGUGGAAAGCCACCUCUUUCGAUCGAAUGCAGCUCGCUAUGAGAACCUUUGCCGUUGACGAAAUGAGUGUUUCUGGCUACAUUUUCCACCGACUCCUCGGUCACGAAGUUGCAGCAGCGCCCAUGAAGACUCAGAUGCCUAAGAAAUUCAGCGUUCCUGGCUUGCCCGAACUCAACAGUAGUCAGAUCAGCGCUGUCAAAUCGGUCAUUCAAAAACCGCUGAGUUUGAUCCAAGGUCCUCCCGGUACGGGCAAGACAGUCACAUCAGCAACCAUCAUUUACCACCUUUCUAAGAUAAAUGGUGGUCAAGUUCUGGUUUGCGCACCGUCCAACGUGGCUGUCGACCAGCUCUGUGAGCGCAUCCACCGCACUGGGCUCAAGGUCGUUCGUGUCACGGCCAAAUCACGAGAAGAUGUUGAGUCUCCAGUUCGUUUCCUGUCCUUGCACGAACAGGUCCGGAUGAACGACAGCAACGUCGAACUCAGCAAGCUCAAUCAGCUCAAGUCUGAAUUGGGUGAAUUGUCUAGUCAGGACGAGAAGAAGUACAAGUCGUUGACACGUUCAGCUGAACGAGAGAUCUUGCAGAAUGCCGAUGUCGUUUGCUGUACCUGUGUGGGUGCUGGAGAUCCCAGACUCGCCAAGUUCAAGUUCCGAACAGUCUUGAUUGAUGAGUCGACUCAAUCGGCUGAGCCCGAAUGCAUGAUUCCUUUGGUUCUUGGUUGCAAGCAAGUCGUCCUUGUUGGUGACCAUCAGCAGCUUGGCCCUGUCAUCAUGAACAAGAAGGCGGCCAAAGCAGGUCUCAAUCAGUCCUUGUUCGAACGCCUAGUCACCCUCGGGUGCGCACCUAUUCGACUCAAUGUCCAGUAUCGUAUGCAUCCUUGUUUGUCGGACUUUCCUUCGAAUAUGUUUUAUGAAGGAACUUUGCAGAACGGUGUCACCGCUGAACAUCGCACGCGCCGCGAGAUUGACUUCCCUUGGCCUGUGGUUCAAAGCCCGAUGAUGUUCUGGUCGAACCUUGGCAACGAAGAAAUCUCGGCUUCUGGUACAUCCUACCUUAACCGAACCGAGGCCGCAAAUGUCGAGAAGAUCGUCACGCGCUUCUUCAAGGCUGGGGUCAAGCCGGCCGAUAUUGGUGUCAUUACUCCCUACGAAGGCCAACGCAGCUACAUUGUUAGCUCGAUGCAAGCCAAUGGUACUUUCAAGAAGGAAUUGUACAAGGAAAUCGAGGUGGCUUCAGUCGAUGCUUUCCAAGGACGAGAAAAGGACUACAUCAUCUUGUCAUGCGUCAGGUCUAAUGAUCACCAAGGUAUUGGUUUCUUGAGCGACCCUCGUCGUCUCAACGUCGCCAUGACACGAGCGAAGUACGGCCUUGUCAUUCUCGGAAACCCGAAAGUGCUGUCUAAACACCCUCUGUGGCACUACUUGUUGCUUCAUUUCAAGGGAAGCAAUUGCCUUGUCGAGGGCCCUUUGACCAAUCUUCAGAUCUCGCUACACCAGUUCAGUCGACCUAAGCAGUCGUAUCGCGGCCCUCAACGUUACCAGAUGGCAUAUAAUCAUGCUACCCACAUGGCCAGCGGAAUGAUGAACGGACGUGGCGGUCCCCGCGACGGUGGCUCGGUUGUAGGCUAUAUUCCCGACGAUGUCUCAUCUAUUCACUCAUCGGCCAUGGGCGGUGUUGGUGUCCCAGCUGGUUAUCCGCCCAUGUUUCAAAGCUUCACCGCAGACACUUGGCCUUCUCUCCAGAAUGCCAAUGGCCGACGAUCGAAUGGGGUCAAACCCAGAGGUGUCCCGGGUAGUGUUGCUGGUGAGUCGACUGUUGCCACGGAGUCGGAUGUGACGGGAAGUGUUAUUGGCCAAGGCGGCGUCAGUCUCGAUCAGCUGUCUAUUCACGACGUCACCAAGCACGCCAGUUACAACCAGGCGGAUCGAUUGAAGCGGUAUGUCGAAGGCGGUGUUCCCAACGCCGGGUACAUGGGCGGUAGCUCCAGAUUCGGCAAGGGCAUGCACCAGGAUGAAGACGCCCAGAGUGUUUCGACGGCAUUCGCAAGCCAAGUUGGAGGUGGCUACGAUUGA